GGCAUUAUGUCUCAGCUCACAGCCCCUCCCUCUUUGUUUUAUAUACCUGCUUUCUCUCGAUUCGCGUAUACGUUGGUCGCAUCUUUUUAUCCAUUUCUUCCGGCUUCUAGUCGCCGUUUUACGAGCGGGCCGCAAUGGCCAGUAACCGCCCGCCGCCGUCGCAAGGCAACCGCGGAAAGAGCGCGGGCCUAGCCCCUCCCGCUCCCAGCACUCCAAGUAAAUCUGGCAAAGAGCUAUAUGCUCUCAUCGACUCGUUCAACGAACAAUGGAAGUUGGGACUCGUACGUGACCCAGACUGGACUCCGACAAAAAGCACCAAGGAUGUGCCGGAAACGGUGUACAAUCAUUUGAAACGGCUUUACUGGCAAGGCGACUUCCACGACGUUGUCGGACGCUUCGUGCUGCAGGCGCCUUCACUUUCGGGCACCGCGCAGGUGGUGAGAACAAAGCGGUUGGGGUUGCUGUGUGACAUUGUUCGAGAUGUUGAUGUGGCUAAAGGACGGAGUCCUGGCUCAAGGGCUGGUACGCCAGUUGGUGGGAGCAACUUGAUCCCAGGCCUGCGGGCGUUAAGAAUGGACCAGUCUUCUACGUCCAAGUCCCGCCCAUCUGCAGCCUCAAGUCGGCAUUACACCUCGUACACCAGCAAUGGCGAGUCGCACGGUGCUUUUUUUGAUCCUGGGUCUCCUACGGACGAAGAUGAGCCACCGCCGUCGCCAAUCGCCUCUUCGAAGUCCGCACAGCGACGCAUUCAGGCAAGUCCCCGAUAUCAGAUGGGAGCUUCGGCGAGGAAACGUCCGUCGGAUAGCUCUGGAUCUGAUUAUGGCAAUUCUCCAAAGCUUACAAGAACGUCCAAGGGGAAACAGCCGGCCAACAACGCAUCAGACUCCACUCCCCCAGUCUUCAAGAAGCCUUGGCUUCCUGAAUCAUUCACUGGGGUGCCCAAUCACGGGUCGUCAUCCCGGUCGGCUCAACCUGAGGUCGUCGAUUCUUUCGCUUCCACCGUAGAAAACUCUUUCCAUACGACCUCUUCUUCACAACAGACGCUAGUAGACACUCCUGGAACGUCGUUCGCCUCUGAUGCGUAUGAUGCCGAUGUUAGAUAUCCGAAGUUGACGCGUACCAGCUCCACAUCGCUGGGCUCACUCAAGGACCAGGAUCUGUUCGACAUUGAAGACCCCUCUGAAGCUCAAAUACAGCGAGAACAAAGAGUGAGAAUGGAGGAGCUCAAUUACUCCCACUCCUCGCAAGACCCACCGCCUCACAGCUCCUCAGCGUAUGGAUCGGUAGACGAAGAAGUCAUGUGGGAGAAAUCAUUCGAAGUCGAUACUGAAGAGUAUGACUCACCAGCCGUAGCACGACAAAGUUUAUCAAGAUUACCCUCCGCCUCAUCUUCCGGUAAAAGACCCCUUGGCUCCAAAAGGCUGCCAAAACCUUCUGCCGAAAGCUCUCCUUUCAACCGGCCUUCUCCACAUGACGACCACAGCGAGCGCAGCUUGAAGCCGAGCGUUUUUGAUAGAAGCAAGCAACUUGGGCACAAAGUAUCAGGCAACUCCCCUGCAAGGGCAUCCUUCAACAAGUCUCCUUCGAAGCUUCCUCAUUACAUACGAAACAUUCCUGACCAGAACUUCUUUAACGAGCCAUUGACAGGAGAUCUGAAAGAAUUCCCAUACUUUGUGCUUUUCAUCUGUUCGAAGCUAGCAAGCGAGCACAGCAUACCGUUGCCUACGUUGCUUCAGGGUGUUAACGCACGCAGGGCUUUUGCCGAUCCAUCUAAGUUUCUUGAGCAGGUCUGCGAAAAGCUCAGCCUUCCGCGUGAUGCAUUGAGAGAUCAGCAAAAGUACUGGUCAGCUUGGAAGCGGGACUUUGAAGGGUACACAUUCAAAGCCAGGAUAGACUACAAUGACUUGAAAUUUAAAGUCUCAUCUAACCCUGUUUUCAAGAUGAUUUUACUCCCGAUUCAAGCAGACCGAUCUUGCCGGCUUCAGCGCAAAUUUGGGUCGGAUCGAUUUCUUUACGUGAACGUGCCGUCGUUCGACCUUACGUCUUCACGGCACACCAAAGACGACUUGAAGAAUAUUGAACAUCAAUUCAAACUUUGGUGCGGUCGCAAUCACUCGUUCCUAGGCCGCACAUGGAGGGCCUUCCACGUUGAACCUAUCAAGAAAAAGAAGGGUCGUGUCACGGAUGACUUAUCCGCCCAACGAAUAGUCCUGUUCGCCAUAGAAGGUAUUGGCAUUGAAAAGCCCACGAUUGCCGGAAACAUGAUUGACUGGUUCUUCCCUUUCGAGGAGAAUAAAGAUCAAAUUUAUCCCAAGGCAUUUGCGCGCUUGGAUCUUGGCCUAUCGCGGACAAUACCCUCGCUUACUUUCAAACCACACCAAGUUAUCUAUGUUGAAGAUAUACUUGCAGACAGCACACCCGAAAAUUUGGACUUCAACGACAACAGAAUCGGCCCAUGGCCAAACGACCACAAUGUCCAGAAGCGCAGAGACGGCGAUCAUAUCAUCCAGAAGUCCAGAGAUUAUCCCAAAAACGCCGUGAUGAAUGACGGUUGCUCACUGAUAUCAGUGGGAGCAGCGCUGUUGAUCUGGCAAGAGGUUAGAAAGAUAACAAACUCUGAUGAACCCAUGCCAAGUGCCUUCCAAGCACGUGUUGGAGGGGCAAAAGGCGUCUGGAUGAUCAGCGCGGAACCAUCGUCCGCUACUGAUGACGACCGAAAGAUCUGGAUCAAAGUCUCCAAAAGCCAGUUGAAGUUCGAACCUCGUGGAGAGGACCGAUCCGAUGAACUAGAGUCUGAUCCUCUCCACUUGACGUUUGAAUACGUCAAUCAUAGCCGUCGCCCUGUUCCAUCGGAGCUACACAUCUCUUUUGUUCCAAUCUUGGUCGAUCGAGGCGUCCCGAGUAGUGUCAUUGCAGAUUUGAUGGAGAAACAGCUCGAUAGCAAAAGGGACGAGUUAAUCCAGCUCUUGCUUGAUACGGAGCGGAUGUACCAUUGGGUCCACCAAGAAGGCCCUUCGAAUACGGGGUUCGAGAGUCCCCCAUGGCAAGGUGCCAUGUACCAAUCUCUUCCAGAAAAGAUUAAGCAUCUGCUUGAAAGUGGAUUCACGCCUGCUCAGGAGCCCUAUCUCGCUGAUUGCCUCUACCGUUUCAUCCAGAAUCGUCAGCUUUGGAUGGAAUCGAAGCUUCGCGUACCGCUGUCCAAGUCGACCUUUGUGCUCGGUGUAGCCGAUCCUUUCGGCAUAUUGGAGCCGGGUGAAGUGCACAUGGAAUUUUCAACGCCUUUUACAGACGAGCUGACUGGUGGCCGGUUGAGAUCGUUGGAGAAUAUAGAAAUUCUUGUCUCACGCCAACCCGCUUGUCGCCGUUCCGACAUUCAAAAGGCACGCACCGUUAGGCAUCCUGAACUGUCGCACCUGAUUGACGUCGUUGUUUUCUCCACGAAAGGGCAAUAUCCUCUUGCCGGGAAACUUCAGGGUGGCGACUACGAUGGCGAUAUUUUCUGGCUCUGCUGGGACCAGGCCAUCGUGCAGCCCUUUAAGAAUGCUCCAGCGCCAGUCGGUCCACCAGAUCCCGUUCAAUAUGGGAUCCAGCAGGAUAUACGGAAAUUGCACCAAGUCAUGGACUCCACAGACUUGUCGACGGUGAACAAUUUUCUGGCAGAAGCCUUUGAAUUCCGAAUGGCCCCAUCCAUGCUCGGUGUGGUCACGAGCCAUCUGGAAAAGAUGGCUUACCAUGAGAACCAGGUCUUCUCCAAUCGCUUGGACGCAUUAUGUGACAUGCAUGACCUUCUCGUUGAUGCACCUAAGCAGGGAUACAAGUUUACAAAGAAAGACUUCCAUCACCAGACAAUCAACGUCUUACGUUGCGAUGCGCCUAGAAAGCCAGCAUACAAGGAGGCAAUGGAGGAUUGCGAAAAGAAGGACGACACCGACAAGACGCGAAACAAGGACUACAAACCUAAGAAUGAGAACAUUCUGGACUACCUGUACUUUGAGGUCAUACGCAAGCACGAUGUCGCGACCCUGAAGCAAGUCAAAGACCUCUUUCCCAAAGAGUUUGGUGAGGACCCGGAUGCCGUCCUACAGUACCCUUACCUCCAGCUUUGCAAGCACGUAAGCCCUGAGGUGCAGAAGGAGUUGAAAGACCUUUUGGAGAAGUUGGAACUUGUCGAUAGGAAAUGGCGGGAACUGUUCCAUGACCCGAAGAAGGAGGAGAAGCUAGACUGGUACAGUCGCGCCGUCGAGACGUGUUUCACGAAGUACCGCGCUAUCUUGCCAACCCAGGUCGAUCAUCCGGACAUCAAGCCCUGGGUUCACCCAUUCUCACGGCCGCAAUACAGCGUCUGGGAGGAGAUACGCGCGUCGGCGUUGUACACUAAGUUCACGAAACGGCGGCCCAAGCUUGUGUGGGCUGUGGCGGGCAAGGAGCUCGCUGAGCUCAAGGCAGCGUCAUGUGCGGGCUCGACGAGGGUUGUGCCAAAUAUCAAGGCAAUUAUGAAGCCCAGGGCUCCAAAAGCGCCGAAACUGGAGGAUAGUGAGAGUGAGGACGAAUUCGAGGACGCUGUCGAGGAAUUAUAGAGGGAGUGCGAGGUCUAUAUGACAGGUCGAUCCGCCUUAUCUGGUGCUGUUCGCUAGCCUAUGUUUUACCAAUGUUGUGAAGCGUAGCCGGACGAGUGACCAGCGUAUGUCUUCGUUCCUGGGCAUCUUAUGGCGAGCAUGCGGUAUGUUUGAUACUCCUCUGUCUGAGACUUUUUCGGGUUCGAGUUUGGUUUAGCGGAGAUGUGUCCUGACGUUACGACUUGUUGUCUGUUCCCCUGGCUAAAUGAUAGAUUAAGCAAUGCUACUCUUUACGCG